AUGAAGGACAGUCCACUCCAAGGCGAUGAUGCCCGGUUGGCGGCCAUGGGCCAUCGGCCAGAGCUCCAACGUAGUCAUUCGACAUGGUCAAUGCUUGGUUUGGCCUUUGCGGUUCUUAAUUCGUGGACUGCGCUUUCGGCCAGUUUGUCGAUCAGUCUUACAUCUGGUGGAAGCACAAGUGUAAUUUGGGGACUGGUCACUGCAGGAUUCUGUAAUCUUUGUAUCGCAUGUUCGCUGGCUGAAUUUCUCUCCGCAUAUCCGACAGCCGGUGGACAGUAUCAUUGGGUUGCAGGCAAGUCUCUCCUCUCGUGGCCAAGCACAGUACCAAUUCUAUCAUGGAUUACAGGCUGGAUCAAUGUGGCAGGCUGGGUUGCCCUCGUCGCAACGAACUCCCUUCUUUCUAGUCAGCUUAUUGUUGGCGUCAUUUCCGUCCUUCACGAGAGCUAUGUCCCGCAACGCUGGCAUCAAUUUCUCAUCUACAUCGGAUUGACCAUUGGCUCCUUCAUCAUCAACGCUUUCAUGAACUCCAUCUUGCCGGCCAUUUACCGCGGUGCAUGGCCCGAUGGAGUUGCAUGGCUUCUGGGUUUGCUUCAAGGAGGGCUUGGCGUUACUGCCUUUGAUGCGGUGGCACACAUGAUCGAAGAGGUACCCAACGCUGACAUCGAGGGACCGAAAAUCAUGGUUACCUGCGUGGGCAUCGGUGUGUUUACCGGUUCUAUCUUUUUGAUAGUCCUCCUAUUCGUUGCAGGAAAUAUGGAAGCUGUCACAACCUCCGCAGCCGGUCCACUUCUGCAGAUCCUGGUCGAUGCAACUAAGAGCAACGCGGGAGGUAUCUGCCUUUUGAUGUUACCUCUGGUCUGCUUGGUCUUUGCUAUAAUUAGCGUCAUGACCACCAGUAGCCGAAUGAUUUUUGCUUUUGCAAGAGAUGGGGGCCUUCCUGCUUCCCGGUUCUUUGCAAAAGUUCACCCAACACUCAAAUUGCCCCUCAACGCACUCAUUCUCACUGUUGUUGUGGUGAUCGCAUUUGGAUGUAUCUUCCUAGGCUCUUCAAGUGCUUUCAACGCAAUUAUCUCUGCUUCGGUUGUGGCUCUUGACCUGUCCUAUGGAAUACCCAUUGCCAUCAACUGUCUUCAGGGACGCAGAUCGCUCCCCGAAAGAAGAUGGAAAUUGCCCAAUGCACUUGGAUGGUUUGUCGAUUUGGUUGCUUUAUCAUAUAUCGCUUUGACUACCGUCCUAUUCGUCUUCCCUCCCUCGAGCACUGUCACGGGAAGCAGUAUGAAUUACUGCAUUGCAGCAUUUGCUGUUAUUAUCAUCAUCUCAGUGUUCCAGUGGUUUGUGGAUGGAAGAAAGAAUUUCACAGGUCCUCGUGUUGACAUCACUAUCGACGCACUGGAUACUGUGCCCACGAGAGAGGAGCUCGAUUCUAGUAUGCAUGAAAAGGAACUUGCUGGUCGAGGCUAG